AUGGCGGCGGAUGCUUUUGCCGCUUUUGAUGCGGCCGACAAGGGCUCCAAAGAUCAGGAAUUCAGGGAGGAUCUCAACCGCAUCCUCAUCUGUCCCGACUGCAAGGAGGAUCCGCCCAACCUGGUUGAGGAGUACUCCUCGGGCGACAUGGUCUGCGCCUCGUGCGGUCUUGUCCUCGACCGCAUCAUUGACACGCGGUCUGAAUGGCGUACAUUCUCGGGCGACGACAACGGAAAUGAAGACCCUUCUCGCGUCGGUGACGCACCCAAUUUGAUGAUUGACGGCGACCAGCUCCAGACGUCGAUCGCAUUCGACGGCAAGGGCGCCAAGAACUUGGCUCACCUCCAGAACAAGAUCACCCAGGACAAGGGUACCAAAGCGCUCCUUCAGGCAUAUCGGGACAUACAGGCCCUGACCGACAGCAUAAACACGGGCAGCCAAGUGGCCAACACGGCCAAGCACAUUUUCAAGAUGGUCGACGACAACAAGGCGUUGAAGGGCAAGUCGCAGGAGGCCAUCGUGGCCGGCUGCAUCUUCAUCGCCUGCCGGCAGACGGGCGUGCCGCGGACGUUUAGGGAGAUCUACGGCCUUACCAAGGUGUCCAAGAAGGAGAUUGGGCGCGUCUUCAAGCUGCUCGAGGCCUUUCUGCAGAAGAUGGGCGGCGAGGACAAGGUGGCCAAGGCCACCGGUUAUAGCCAGCAAUAUCAGGCCAAGGGCUCCACGACCGCCGACGAGCUGUGCAUCCGCUUUUGCAGCGCCCUCUCGUUUCGAAAUCCCGUCCGUGUCGAGAGCAUUGCGCGCCGCCUCACCGAGAGAUCGUCCGAGGUGUCGGACCUCGCGGGCCGGUCGCCGCUGUCGGUUGCCGCCGCCUGCAUCUACAUGGCUGCUCACCUCGUUGGGGAACCGCGAAGCUACAAGGCGAUUGCUGCCGUCUCCAACGUCAGUGACGGGACCGUCAAGACAGCAUACCGGUAUCUCUACGCGGCAAAGAACACAGUUCUGACCAAGGACGUUUUCCCGGAGGAGAUGUUUGACGACGUUCUCGCGAAAGCGGACAAGGUGCCGGCGGCUUAG